AUGGUGCCGUCGUGGCUGCGCUGGCGCCGUAGCGGGGUGCAGGGUAUUGUGGAAGGACACUUCUGGAGCCUUACGCGCUACCGCAUCGGCCGCCGCUUCGUCGGCCUCGACUACGCUGACAACGUCAUAUUCUUCCCCGCCUACCGCAAGCGGACGUGGGGUGGUUGGGCUGCCGUCACGCUUGGCGCGGCCAACACCGGCUACUUCACCAGCGACACCUCUGCGGUGAAUGUGCUCGAGGACGGCUACCCACUGCACUGGCGUGCCAGCUCGAAGCUUCAGGCGUUCCUCGCUGAGGAGAAGAAGGUGUGGCAGGCGAAGAAGGAGCAGCAGUUGGUGCAGCGCACAGCAGCGAAAGUCAUCGCGAGCGAUGCUGGUGCUGCUACCGCUGCCACCUCCUCUGCUGCUAGUGGCGGUAACGGCGGUGAUGCCGCCGGGAAUGGCGAUGGCGGGAAUGGUGGAAGCAGCAACGCAGAACAGGAGGCGCACAAGUACGAGAACGAGCAUAACUUUCGAGACGCGCUCACUAUUAAAUGCACGUCGCCGGGGUUCGCGCAGCGCCAUUUGCGGCUCAGCCGGCUGACGACGCUUGUGUACAAGGCGAUGUACUUUUAUCUGUGGGGUGUCGCUAUCUCGAUCAUUCUGCAGGCGUAUUUGUUGUUCCGUGGCUGGCUGAACCCACCCGCACGUCAAGGGCUGAAGAACAUUGAGGCCCAUGUGCUGCACAUCCCGAAAUUGAUCUUUGCCUUCGGUGUCACGGGCGUGGCAUGGGUGGUGCGGAAGGUACAGCCGAUCGUGGAGCCGUUGCUGCAGGUGCUGGAGAAGAAGUUCCCGCAUGUGAAUUGGAGUGCCGCGUCGCCGGAGGUCAUCGCGUCACGCGUGCACCAGCUGGCAGGCAACGAUGAGUCCGCGCAGCAGGCGGCUGCCAUGGCGGAGGCGCGUUCUGCUGCUGCUGCUGCACAGAAAAAGUUGCAGAAGGCGCCAGGUGACGAGCAUCGUGUGUGGUGGAUGCGGGCACUCAUGAUGUUGUUGUGCUUAUUCUCGCUUCUGUGUGUGCUGUGA